AUGGCAGAUUCCAACCUAGGAUCUGCUCCUAGGGGAGCUGGCCUCUCCUUGUACGCAAACUUAUUAGAUCCUCAAAAAUCAAACGCAACCCUUUCGCGAGGACCAAUUGUCUUCAAAGCUGCUGGUUCAGAUGCAGCAGAUGAAGCUUCAGCUAAGAAACCCCAAAUAGAUUCUGCUGCUCUACGAUUUCAACCCACAAAAAGACCACAGCUUGCCCAGAAGCCAAAGCCCAAGGCGUCCUUCCCGAAAGCUGCCCCCCAAGAAAUGCCACCCCAAGCCAGUAUUCCUGCCGCAGCUCCCCAAACGCAACGACCUCCGCCAAAGAGUACUUUAGCUGAUUGGACUGCUACGGGAGACGACGAUGAUGUGAAUGGAUUCUAUGGAGGGGAGAAACGCCAGAGAGGGGGGCGGAAGAGGAGAAAGAAUAAGCAUAGGGAAGAGCAGGCCGUUGCGCAAGACUGGGAUGAUAUAUAUGAUCCGACGAGACCGAACAGCUAUGAAGAAUACAAGCAUAGUGAGGAGAAGAUCCGGGAGAUUCGAGAGUGGAAAGACAGGUUAUAUGCGCAUAGGAUGGCGAGAAAGUCCGAGAGCGAAAAAGACAGUGACGAGGAGGAAUAUCGUCCACAGCUAAGAAGUGAGCAGGUCAAAUUCUAUCUUUCUACACAAGUACUAAUGAUUCUAGACCAAUUUGCGCCUCCUUCAAAUUACUCUUUUGCACCUCCACCAAUGGAUUCUCCACCUCCAAAACCAGCAGCCAAAACUCCAGAACUAGAUUCCUACAGUCCUGCUCCCUCAACAAAUCAACCUCCACCUCCACCGCCGCCAGAAACACUACCAAUAGGGGCAAUAUCCCGCGCUCCAGUCCGCUACAACCUCCCCCCGGCACCCACCGAACUCCCUACCUCAGAAGCAGAACUCGAAAAGGCUCUAGCAGCGGAACCGGAGGAAGACCAGACCGAAGAUGCAGAAGAAGCGCCACGUUCCCUACGGCCUGGUCAAAAGGGGUUUGCCGAGCGCCUGAUGUCCAAAUAUGGCUGGAGCAAAGGUACUGGUCUUGGUGCUGACGGGUCCGGUAUCGUGAACCCACUUUCAGUCAAGGUUGAAAAGCGGAAGAAGAAGAGUGAUGCUGAAGGAGGUGGAUUCAGGGACCCGCCUGGUGGCAGAGGCAAGAUUAUUGGAGGCAGGAAGAAUGUACCUGAAGCAGAGGCGACAGGAAAGUUUGGGCCAAUGAGUGAAGUUAUUGUGCUAAGGGGAAUGGUGGACGGAAUGGAUCUUGAUGAAGAGGUCGAGGGAUCUGGAGAUGGUGGUCUGAUGCAGGAAAUUGGGGAUGAGUGUGGAGAAAAGUAUGGGAGAGUUGAGCGAGUGUAUAUUGAUCGGCACGGAGAAUUGCCUAAGGUAUUCGUCAAAUUUACCAGCCAGCUUUCUGCUUUACGAGCCGUGAACGCUCUUGAAGGACGAAUAUUCAACGGGAAUACCAUCUCGGCACUGUUUUAUGAGACGGAGCCAUUUGAGCAAGGCAAAUACAAUGAAUAG